AAGCGCCAUACAAAACUUUGUUAUUGUUUUUAAAGUGCGUUUCUGACGAGGAUUAUGACCACAGUUAACAGAUCCAACUCCCAGCCCGAGAAUCCCACCUACGUGGUCUUGGGUUCCGGCGGCCAUACGGCCGAGAUGUGCCGGCUGACCCAGGCGCUACUGCAACAGGAGGACGCCAAGCAGGCGAGGAAAUACCAACCCAUAAGCUUCAUCCUGGCCAGCAGCGAUACAACAUCCGAGCGCCAGCUAAGGGAGGCCCUGCCAGCGCCGAUGAUAGCCCGAUCGGAAUUCGUGAGGGUGCCGCGAAGCCGCAGCGUCGGACAGUCCUGGUUCAGCAGCAUUUUCACCACGCUUUGGGCGCUACUCUGGAGCUGCUAUUUGGUGUGGCGAGAUCAGCCACGUUUGGUACUGUGCAAUGGUCCCGGCACCUGUGUGCCCUUCUGCUAUGCUGCCUACCUGUGCCGCCUGCUCGGACGCCUGCCCGGGCGAUCCCGUAUUGUGUUCGUCGAGAGCUUCUGCCGUGUGGAAAGCCUGUCGUUGAGUGGACGCCUGCUGCUGCCGCUGGCGGACCUCUUUGUGGUCCACUGGCCGGCGUUGGCCACCCGAUAUUCGCACAAACGAAACCUUUGCUACUUUGGUCGCAUUUUGUAAUAUUAUUUAUUUAUUGAAGAAGGAAGAACUAAACAAUAAUGAUAAACUAAAAAACAAUUCUUCAUAG